AUGACCUUCAAUUUCGGACAGCCUUCUACAAGUGGAGGGAGUUCACAGUCGCUAUUUGGAACAUCCAAUACCCCUGCAUCGUCAGGAGGAAUUCCAUCAGGAACAAAUUCUGGUUUCAAUUUUGGCGGGAUCAAGCCUCCAGCAACUACCUCGACUCAACCGCCAAAUUUCUUUAAUACUGGUGGCGCAAAAGACAACAAGUCCGCGUCUCCCGGUAUCCUUGGACAGCAGGGUGGCACCUCUGGAAACUCUGCACCCCAGAAUUUAUUCGCGCCCAAGCCGCAGAGCGGCGAGUCUGCAAAGCCAAAUUUUGGAGGGUUCGGUACACCAGACAAAUCGUCGAACCCUACAACAUCUGCUCCGUCGUUGUUUGGUUCUACAACUCCUGCUACCAGCAAGCCGUUCGGUUUUGGUACGACUUCAACCACUCCAGCCGGACCUCCUCCAGCCAGCUCAACCUUGGCCGCAAGUACAGGCGGUGCCGGCGUUGGCCUUUUUGGUGCGAAACCAGGCGAAGAUGCGUCCAAGUCAACAUUUUCCUGGGGUAAACCAGCUGCGGCAGGCGCAGCACCUUCCGGAAACCUCUUUGGUGGUUCAUCCGGCGCCUUCAGUUUCGGAAAGCCAGCAGAAUCUACAUCGAUAACCACACCGUCGAUGACUGCUGCUUCCGCCCCUGAACAGAAGUCUUUUUCGUUUGGCCAGCCCACUUCAGCACCAGCGACUUCACAGUCAGCUGAUACUCCCUUAUUUGGCGAAGCGCCGAAACCACCAGCAGCACAAAAUCUCUUUGCGAAGCCAGCCACGAUAGAAGCUCCAGGGUCAGCCGCUCAGCCGACCUUUUCAUUCGGACAGCAAUCCGCAACGCAGGCUUCAGCAGCAGCGACACCCGCGACUUCUCCUCCUGCCCCAGCACCUCUUUUCUCAGGGUUCAACCUUGGUGGUGCUCAGAGCUCAGCAUCGACAACCGCUGCGGCUACCGCGACUGCACCUACUGCGAGCCCGUUCUCCUUCGGUCCCCCAGCUGCCAGCGCCCCGGCAGCUUCUCAGCCUUCCCGUACUUCAGUCCCUGCGGCAAGCCCGCUUUUCGGUAAGCCCGCACCUACAACAACGCAACCUGCCACUACCUCAGCUCCUACUUCCAGCCCGUUUUCGUUUGGCAAACCGGCAGCCCUAGCUACCUCGCAACCUGCUGCCACUGUAAUCCCUGCUGCGCCCUCAGUUCCAGGUACCAUAGGUGUCCAGACUUCAACAACUGGACCAACCCCGCCAGCUCAAUCCCGCCUUCGCAAUAAAACCAUGGAUGAGAUUCUCACCCGCUGGGCGACCGACAUGUCACGCUACUCGAAAGAGUUCAAAGACCACGCAGAGACUAUCGCCCGGUGGGACCAAUUGAUUGUAGAUAACUCCUCUAAAAUCGACAAGCUGUACGUCCGCGCCCGGACAUGUGAGCGACAAACUGUGAGUGUGGACAUGCAACUCACCGCGGUUGAAAACUCGCAAGCGGAACUGGAAUCUUGGUUAAGUAAAUACGAAAACGACGUGGAUGAGAUGUUGGUCAAAGAUUCGGUGACGCCUAGCGAACUGGGUGGACCCGAUCAAGAGAGGGAGAGGACGUACAAACUCGCGGAGAAAUUGGGGGAGAGACUGGAGGAGAUGGAGAGAGAUCUGGGAAGCAUGGUCGACGAAGUUAAUGCCGCAAAUGCGAGCCUGAGUAGGAGUGGAAAGGGAGAUGAACCGAUCACACAAAUCGUCAAGAUCCUCAAUUCGCACUUGAUCCAACUGCAGGCUAUCGAUCAAGGCACACAGGCUUUACAGGAAAAAGUUGCUGCGGCGCAAAAAGUGGCGAGUCAAUUGGGGUAUUUAGCCGGCUAUAGGUCAUCUUCAACGAACGAUGGGAGCGACACCGGUGCAGCAGUCCAGGAUUUCUAUCGGAGUUACAUGGGAAGGCGAUCAUGA